AAUGUUCAUGCUCACUUAUCUCACAACCUUCCUAUCAGCCUCUCUGCCGCUAUCCCCACAAAUUUCGCCCAAAACUCACUUUCUGCAUCGUCUUCAACCUUCCAUCUUCCCUUCAAAAUGAGCUCCCACCUGUAAAUUUCCAAUCACCCAUUUUCACCACCCUUCUCCGCAACAAUGCUGUCCCUAAAACCACCCUCCACCACCACCUCUCUCUCUCCAACCAACCCCUUCACCUUCAAACCCCUCCUUAAACCCUACCUGACCCCACCUCAGAAACCCCAUUUCACCCCAAUCAAAUCUGUCCUUCAAUACAAUCGCAAACCCCAACUCGCCGGCACCACACCUAGAGUCAUCGUCAUCACGUCCGGUAAAGGCGGCGUUGGAAAAACCACCACAACUGCCAACCUCGGAAUCUCCCUCGCUCGCCAUGGAUUUUCUGUUGUUGCAAUUGACGCUGAUGUCGGGCUUCGGAACCUCGACCUUCUCCUCGGUCUUGAAAAUCGUGUCAAUUACACUGCUCUAGAGGUUCUAAACGGCGAUUGCCGCCUUGAUCAGGCUUUGGUUAGGGAUAAGCGAUGGUCUCAUUUUGAGCUUCUUUGUAUUUCCAAACCCAGAUCGAAAUUGCCGUUAGGGUUUGGGGGGAAAGCCCUAAUUUGGCUCGUCGACGCCCUGAAACACCGCAAUGAAGGAUCCCCUGAUUUUAUCAUAAUUGAUUGUCCUGCCGGAAUUGAUGCCGGGUUUAUUACAGCUAUUACGCCGGCGAAUGAAGCGAUUCUGGUUACGACGCCGGAUAUUACAGCAUUAAGGGAUGCUGAUAGGGUUACUGGGUUGUUGGAGUGUGAUGGGAUUAAGGAUAUUAAGAUGAUUGUUAACAGAGUUAGGACAGAUAUGAUUCAAGGGGAGGAUAUGAUGUCUGUUUUGGAUGUUCAGGAAAUGCUUGGGUUGGCACUUUUGGGGGUAAUUCCAGAUGAUGCAGAGGUUAUUCGAAGCACGAAUCGUGGGUAUCCUUUGGUUUUGAAUAGGCCACCGACAUUGGCCGGAUUGGCUUUCGAACAAGCUGCGUGGAGGCUUGCAGAACAGGAUAGUAUGACUGCUGUUAUGGUUGAGGAACAGCCCAAGAAACGCGGCUUCUUUUCGUUCUUUGGAGGAUGAAGAUGAAGCGAGUUUUGGAAGAUGUAGAAAUAAAGUUCAUCAUUUGGGGAGGUCAAUUGUUGGAGUUCGAUCAUGAAAAUGCUCUCAGCAGUUUUUGAGUUGUGUACAGAAUGCUAGGUACGGGAUUCUUUGGUUAAAUGUUAAUUUUGGUAUCGAUUUUGCUCUCGAUUUUUCAAUGAAAGUAGCUAGAUGAUUGGAAAUGCAGCUCUGGAUAACUGUACUGUGGAAACUUUGUAACUCAUUUUGCAUUAGAUUGAAUGGAAAAUUUAUGUAUUUUUGUUGGUUUGCUAUUAAUUUAAGAGCAGAAUUGACUUCUUUGUUGC